UGGUGUUCUUUUUCACUGAGAAGAGAAUAAGGGAGAUCAAACGGGGCCGUGGAAAAAGGGGGGUUAGUUUUAUUCGACUGGCUUCGCGUGCGCCGAUCUUCUAUUUAGCACGCGACAGGAGCAUCUCGUUGCUCGAUUCGGUUUUCUUCGUGAAUUCGCCCCCAGCGAGCCGAGCUAGAAUUGGAAUUGGAACUGGACUUGCGGCUGCUGCGUUCGGCGGGGGCUGGAAUUCUCGCCGCAUCCCCGUGUGGUGGUGAGAGGCCGUGGCUCGUGUUGCGGUCGACGCGCGAGGAGGGUCGACGGCCUCGCGCCAUUGGGGUACGAAGCCGGCCGAGACUGAGCGGUGAGUUGGCCCGGAUUCCCGCGGGUGUGUUCGUACCGGUUGCGGUGGUUGCUUCGGUGGGUGGGGGCGGCUGGCCGGCUCGGGCCCUCUCCGGCCGCCGCCCACUCGCCCAGGGUCUCGAUCGGAUCCUCCUCGGGAGUGGGGAAAUGCAAGGCUCCAGCGGGAGCCCGGCGUGCCGGGGCACGGCUCCCGAGGCGGGCGGUUUCCUCGGUGCCCGUGCAGGGCCGCUGAUCCUGGUUUGAGCGCCUCGGGUUCCUCUUGGAUUUGGUUGGCGUUUUUAUGGGCGGGUAGAUCGGUCCGGUGAUUUCUCAGCUGCUAUCGGUGCGAUGGCAGCUGACUCCAGCAUGGGGUUUCACCAGGGGAUCACCGCCUCUCUGUACAACCAUCACAUGCUCUCGUUCCAGUCCAACAGCGACGUCGGCAUCGGCGGCGGCGACGACGCUACCGGUGGCAUGGUCAUGGCCCCGGGGAGUGUGAGUGGGGGCAGUGGCAACGCCGGGCUGUUCCUCUCCCCAAACACAGGGGUCGUCGGCAACGCACCGGGGGUUGCCCCGUUAAUGAACUCGUCGGGGGAUGCGUUCCGUGGCACUGGGACGCCCAAGUAUAAGUAUGUCACUGGUUCUCCUUCCGAUUGGAGUGACCGUGAGGUAGACAUACUGAAUGAAGGGCUUGUGAGAUAUGCUCGUGAACCUAGUAUCAUGAGGUACAUUAAGAUAGCAGCUAUGCUUCCUAACAGAACCAUCAGGGAUGUUGCGCUGCGAUGCUGCUGGGCUACACAGGGUAAAGAGAGAAGGAAGAAACCUGAUGGAUUCUACACAGGGAAAAAAAUGAGAGACGUGAAGCCAAUCCAGGACAAAAUGGUUGCAUCAGUCCCAAUAGCUAAUUUUCACAUGACACCUACAACCAAUGUAAUCCCCUUUUCGGUAUCAACGCAGCAUCCAAAUCAACAAAGUCAGGUUCCCAAAGAAGCAGCUCCUGUUGUCGACAGUGCAACCCAGCGUCUCCUGGAGGAAAAUAAUCAGUUGCUUAACCAGAUUUCUGCAAAUAAUGAAACAUUCAAGACAGUGGAGAACACAGAUCUUUUUCUCCGCACGAGUAACAACAUCAAAACAAUUUUAAGCAGAAUGAGCGAAACGCCUGGUAUCAUGAGUCAGAUGCCCCCAUUGCCUUUAUCCAUAAACGAAGACCAUAUAAAUUCUCUUAUUCAACUGAACAGACUGGUUGCAUCAUAUGGCACAACAAGCAUUUCCCAUCAUACGAAGCAAGAGCCAUGAAGCUAGUCUACUAAACCCAGGGAAAAAUGAGAGGACCAGAUGGCCGGACCCCUCCUGCAAUUCUGUAAACGUGCUGCUGAGGAAGUCUUGCAUGUUAUACUCUAACCAAGUGCCAGGAACAGUCACUGCUUUCCAGAUAAUGUUUUCGCAGUGACCUGAUUGUUUCCAACCCGUCUGCCAGCCUGCCUGCCCACCAAUUCUUGAAGCAUUUGGAAGAAGUCUGCAGUUGUGGUUCGAGAGCCGCAAGCUAUUUGCUGCUGUUUCUGUUUCCGUUAUCCAGCAUGUAGACCAGAGUAUCAGACAGUGGAUCCUGGUCUCUGCAAAUGACCUGUAAAUAUCGGACGGCUGCUGGCGUUCCAUGUUUUGUUUCUCUGAUCGCUCAUGAAUGUAUUUCUUCUUUUCUCCCCCACCCCCGGUCACCGGACAGGGUUGCAUUGCUCCCAAUAUGUAACUGUAUACAGUAGCGACUCCAUUUUCUGACUAAUUGGACACGGAAACCCAAACAUUUGUUGUCCAGAUGUUCUACUCUUUUUUU